UUCAUAUUGCUCCUGCUGAUUCAGAGGCUGCAUUGCUGUCCAAUCCUGAUGUUUUCGAUGUUUCAGUUAGCGGGUUCGCUGAAAUAUCAUCAGUUGUCGCGACAAUGGCAAUGGUGAAGGCAAGAAAAUGCCGACGGGAAAUCCUGAAGUGCAGAAUUAUCCGCUGUUGGGGAAGAAGAAGCGCUUUUAAUGGAGGUGUCUGGUUUCGUGCUCUUUACUUUAAUCCUCUCUAGUUGCUCUACAACAGGAGUUCAUUCAUCGGCGAAUUUCACCUUCGCAAACAGGUGCGACUUCACCGUCUGGCCGGCGAUAUUCACGACUUCCGGAGCCGACAACGGAACGGGGAUUCAAUCGAGUGGAUUCACUCUGCGGAGCGGUGAAUCGGAGAUCGUCAGGGCGUUUGGGGCGUGGGUAGGUCGUGUUUGGGGAAGAACGGGCUGCAGCGAGGACUCAAAUGGAAGUUUCAACUGCGUCACCGGCGAUUGCGGCACGGGGAAGAUGGAAUGCGCCGGCCACCGCAACGUCCCCACCGCUACUACGGCGGCGGUAUUCGUUCUCGCCGGAAACAACGAGAUGGAUUCCUACUACGUCAACCUUAUCUUCGGGUACAACCUCCCGAUACUGGUGGAGCCGCACGGCGGCUCCGGCGCCGAUUGUAGAACCACGGAGUGCGUAGGCGAUCUUAACAGAGUUUGUCCGGUGGAGUUGCGAGUGACCGGAAGCAACGGCGAAGCAAUCGCCUGUAAGAGCGCCUGCCAGUCGUUCUUGGAGGAGCAGUACUGCUGCCGUUCAUCUUCUCCGAAUCAGUGCAAACCCUCAGAAUACUCGCAGGUGUUCAAGAGGGAGUGUCCGCAAGCGUACACCUACCGCCAUGACGAGAAAUAUAUGUAUUACUGUAAAGAGGCCAAUUACAGCAUAACAUUCUGCCCUUCAGGAACUCCCAAACGGACUGCAUUUUCAACCCCGAGAUCUUCACCUCCAUCUUCAGGAAUGAAAAGGAAUACAAUGAUCAUCCUUGUUGUGGUAUUCUCUGUUGUGUUGAUCAUGUUGGUCAUUGUACUGAUCAUUGUGAGGAAAAUUAAACAAGUAAGAAGGGAUAAACAAUUACGCGAACUUCUGACGCUAGAAGGUUAUGAAGAAAGGGAAGCCAAGAAUCAAGAUCUUAGAUUUUUUACUUAUGAAUCAAUCCUCUCUGCUACUAAUAGUUUUUCCUUGGAAAAUAAAUUGGGAGAGGGAGGUUUUGGAUCUGUCUAUAAGGGAAUAACUUCAUCAGGCCAAGAUAUAGCAGUAAAGCUUCUCUCGCAACGAUCGGGGCAAGGAUUGCUCGAGUUUAAAACCGAGCUGAUACUCAUUUCCAAACUGCAGCAUGUGAACCUGGUUAAGUUACUAGGGUUGUGCAUACAUGGAAACGACAAAAUGAUAAUUUACGAUUACAUGCCCAACAGAAGUCUCGAUUUCUUUCUCUUCGGUUCUACGAUGAGGGAACAGUUAAGCUGGCAACAAAGGUUCAGCAUCAUCGAGGGAAUCGUUCAAGGGCUGCUCUACCUUCACAAAUACUCCCGACUUAGGAUUAUCCACCGAGACUUGAAAGCAAGCAACAUAUUGCUCGAUGAAAAGAUGAACGCCAAGAUUUCUGAUUUUGGACUGGCAAGAGUUUUCGAACAAAACAUAGAUGAAGCUAAUACAAAUAGGCGCGUCGGGACAUAUGGUUAUAUGGCUCCUGAGUAUGCAAUGCAGGGCAUAUUCUCCGUCAAAUCUGACGUAUACAGCUUCGGAGUGUUGGUACUUGAAAUUGUGAGUGGCCAGAAAAACAAUAGCUUCGACCACAUCGAAGGCCCUCUAAGCCUCGUCGAAUAUGCCUGGGAGCUUUGGAGAAAAGAUUGUGCACUUGAACUCAUGGAUCCAGUUUUGAAGGAUUCUUGUGUUCCCGACCAACUUCAAAGAUGCGUUCAUAUUGCACUUCUAUGUGUCGAAAAUCGAGUAGCGGAUCGACCUGGUUCAGAAAAUGUAGUCAUGAUGUUGAAGAGCGAAACGGCGAAUUUGCCUCAUCCAAAGAAUCCGUCAUUCGUAUCAAGAAAUAAUGUGAUCGGAGAAGUGAAGAGGAGCUCAACGGAUUCGACAUUAUCGAUCAAUGAAGUCACCCUUUCCGAGGUAGUAGGAAGAUGACCUUUUACCAAUUCUGUUACAGGCUUAAGGUGGAGACAGACAUUCAUAUCUUCUUGCAUACAUCAAAAGUGAUCUCUUCUGGACAUGAACUAAAACUGCAAGUUCGACGACAUUUGGAGAAGAUAUGCGAUUAUAUAUAUAUAUAUAUGUAUAUGCAUUGUCUUCGACGGCAUUCGUACGAGCAACAAGUUGAAGGUUUCUGAUCCUUUUCUUGCUCGCGUUACUGUGGAAGCAAUGGCGUCUCUAUGGGAAGUCACUGUUCGAACAUUUUUGGGUUGUUUUAAGUAUCAGGUUGUUUAUUUUAUUACCCUCUGAUAUUACACAUAUUUUUGUGUAUGUUAAUGUAUGUGUUUAUACAUGCACACAAAUUAUUAGUUUUGUAUGUGUAUUAAGUUUCUUAACUGGUUGUCUUAAAAUAGUCUGAA